AUGAGGCGCACCUCCCUGCUCAUCAGAAAAAUAUUCAUAGAAUUAGCAUCCUGCCCUCAUCUUCAUCACCUCCUGUUUCCUUGUCUCCAUCCCCACCCGCUAUUGGCUUUCCCUUCUCUUUACCACCGCUCUUUCAUGGCAUCCAUCCUCGCCUCGGAGUCUCCCAUGAUAUCGAAAGACCCCUUCCCGUCCCUUUUGCGCCUCACCAUCCCCUCUACGAACAAUUCAAACGCGUCUCCAAUUUCUACUUCCUUGUCAUUGCCGUUAUCUCCUUCAUUCCUAACAUCUCCCCAAGCACCCAUUUGCAAGCGUCCUCCCCCUUUUCGUCGUUGCUUAUCAUGGCCCGCGUCGCGGAAACCUGACUUGCAUCGCACUGUCGCUUCAAGAGACGUUGCCGUUGGUGACAUCGUUCUCGUGCGCAAAGGAGAGGUUUUUCCGUGCGAACUCGUCCUCUUGCAUUCCGCUUUAGAAGGCGUUAUUGCCUAUGUGUCUACAGCAAACUUGGAUGGUGAGUCCAAUCUAAAGCGCGUCAUCGUCGCCUCAGCUACCGCUGAAAUCGAACAUCCUUCUCAGCUUCCUGCCGUCAAGGGCAAGAUCAGAGCUCAAAGGCCUUCCACUGCUCUGCACGAGUUUGAAGCCUCCAUUGAACUCAGCGGCGAGGGCCCCGUCCCGCUCGGCCCGUCGUCGCUGCUGCUCAGAGGAAGCAUCUCGAGAAACUCAGAAUGCAUUUAUGGUAUUGCUGUGUAUACUGGAUUUGGUACUAAAGUUGCACUAAACAUGCGCAACCCCCCAAGCAAAAUGGGUUCGGUUGAGCGCAAACUUAACUGGGUCGUCCUUAUGUUGUUUAUUGCCCUCGCUACCCUCGUCAUCACAGGCGCAAUUGUCGCUGGAGUCUUACAAAACAGGGAUGGUGCCGGGCAGUGGUACAUGGGGGAGAAUUCUUUGAAAUCUGGUGGCAAAGUCACUUCCCAAAGCCUGGGCACGUUUCUCAUUUUGUUUUCUACCUUUAUCCCGGUUUCGCUUUUCGUGACCUUAGAAUUUAUUCAGGUUCUCCAAGCACUAUUCAUGUCUGCUGAUUUCCGCAUGAGAACUGGACGGCAGAAGGUCUUGGCAAGAGCGACCAAUCUGAAUGAAAUGCUCGGCGAGGUCGAACACGUCCUCAGCGACAAAACGGGCACGCUCACAGAGAACAUAAUGCAUUACAUCGCGUGCUCGGCUGGCGGACAGUUGUACAAUAUUCUCAAGAAGAAAAGAGCCAUGCAUCGCGCUGUCAAAGAUGGUGUCGAGCCUACGCAGUCUGACAACUCCUCUGGAGACUCGGGCAGAAAGAAGAGUAAAAAACGCACUAAUCCGGAUCUGGGGGACAAGACGGCUGUGCUAGAUGGAAACAGCUCAGAAGAGGCACUUCCAGAAUAUCAAGGUCAGAGUCCGGAUGAGGUUGCAUUAGUUACAUCGGCGAGAGAAUACGGGAUCACUUUUAUGGCGCGAACCCUUGACACACUCGUUAUUGAUCGCUUUGGAACGAAAGAAACUUACACGACUUUGGCGGAACUGGAGUUCAAUUCAGACCGCAAGAGAAUGAGCAUGAUUUUCAGGUGUCCUGACGGGAAAAUUAAAAUGUUCACCAAAGGUGCUGAUACGAUCAUGCUGAAGUUGCUAAACAAAGACGCGAACAUAGAAUUGAUUCAGAACCAUAUUGACGAGUUUGCGAAGGAAGGUCUACGAACACUUGUGUUUGCAAUGAAAGAGUUGGAGGAGAAGGACUUCCAAACUUGGUUUGAACGGUUCCAAGAGGCGCAAAAUUCUUUAGAGGACAGGGAAGGGAAGAAUUCAAAGAAUAGCGCUGAACUCGAGGAGGAUUUGAUGUAUGUCGCCACGACUGCUGUAGAGGAUAAAUUGCAAGACAAAGUGCCCGAGACGAUCAAGUUUCUGCGCGAAGCAGGGAUUAAACUGUGGGUGUGGACUGGUGACAAGAGAGAAACGGCUCAAAACAUUGGAUAUUCAGCGAUUGCUUGA